UUUUAUGAUAGUCUUGCCAUAAUAAUACCAAAAUGGUAUAUACCUAGUUAUGGGACAUAGGUAACAUUCGUUUCUUUUCUUUAGUUUACUCAUUAUUCCUUGAGUUAGCUGUGACGUCAGGAUUACUUCUGUGCUUACCAUAUCUUAAACACACCAAAUCCAUGGACAGAGGAAGAGGUUAAGAAUAACCAAAGGUGAUAUUAUUGGCGGGAAAGUAUCUGUUUCAUGAAAUAAAUUUAGUUUUAGUUAAAAUGACGUCGGAAGAAAACUACUUGGCGGAAUUGUUGCCCCUUUAUUAUAAGCGCCUAUUUCCGUCGCGACAAAUCUAUCAGUGGCUAAGCAACGAUGACACUUUUUCUAGAAGAGAAAUUUCGUUCACACUGAUCGGAGAUAUAUACAUUCGAUUUUUAUCGUUCAAUUCUCAUGAGGAGUUUGUUAAUGAACUGCACAAAAAAUUUCCUUUAAAAAUCGAUAUAGGUGCUGUUUAUAUAACGAAACCAAAAGACAGAACACCACUAGGUGUAUUAACACCUGUGAGUAAAGAACUUGUAUUCGAUAUUGAUAUGACAGAUUAUGAUGAUAUCAGGACUUGCUGUUCUGGAGCAGAUGUGUGUUAUAAAUGCUGGAAAUUUAUGGCAAUUGCAAGCAAAAUUUUAGAAGCGUCCUUGCGAGAAGACUUUGGAUUUAAACACAUUUUAUGGAUAUUUUCAGGAAGAAGGGGUAUUCAUUGUUGGGUAUGUGACGUUCAGGCACAAAAUUUUAAUGACAAUAUUAGGUCAGCAGUUGCUGAAUAUUUACAAAUUGUGAGAGGAGGUGUAAAUACUACUAAGAAAGUUCAGUUGCCCACUAAUAUUCAUCCUUCUGUAAUGAGGGCCUUGUCAAUCAUUGAUCAUUACUUUGUGGAGGCAAUCAUUAAGGAACAAGACAUUCUGGGCACAGAAGAUAGACUAAAUAAUUUUUUGGCGAUUAUUGAUGAAAUUAUUAGAGGAUAUUUUGCGGAUAAUAUGAAAAAAUUUCACACUUCAGAAGAGAGGUGGAAUUCAUUCGAAAGUACUUUCGGUAAUCUCCAACAGAAGAAUCAAGUACCAAGAAAUCUCCGAAACCUGAAGGAGGAAAUUAAACUCCAUUAUUCAUAUCCAAGAUUAGAUAUCAAUGUAACCAAAGGGCUAAAUCACUUAUUAAAAGCCCCAUUUUGCGUACAUCCAAAUACAGGAAAAAUUUGUGUACCAUUUAAUAUCAAAUCGGUCGACCAUUUUGAUCCAAGUAUUGUACCUGAUCUAAGAAUGUUGAUAAAUGAAAUUAAUGAAUAUGAUCAAAAGACCAAGGACCAAGAGCAAACAUUAAUAAGCAAUAAUGAUCAUGAUAUUGCUACAAAUAAAGUUAGAAUUAAGGACUUUAAAAAAACAAGUUUGCUUAAGCCAGUGAUGCUAUUUACAGAAUUUUUAAGAUCAUUGGAAAAGAACAGUAAAAGAAAACGAGAUGAAGAUAUUGAUGAAUCUAUGUUUUAGCAAAAAAAGCUUGUAAAAUGUGACAAUACACCUUCAAAUUGGAUGUUAAUUACCUUAACAGUAAUUAUAUUCACCUCCAAGAAAAUACAGCCAUUGUAAAAUUAGAGAUGAUUAUGAUGAUUAGUUUUCUUGAGCUUGUGAAGAGGAUUUAUGGCAAUACGUACGACAUACGACAGAAGUCCCUAGUCAAAUAACAGAGCUCUCACUCCUCCUAACCGCCAGAAGAGCAACACGUUUGUCUGACACCUUCGUUUUGUAAAGUUUGUCCACUAUAAUGUAAUAAAUUGCCGUUGUAUCGUGUUCUUAAAUGCGCGCCUUAGAUGUAAUAAUUAAGUUAUGAAUAUAUUGAAGAUUUAGGCUUAAAAAAUGUAUUCCUUAUCUUGAUAAAAUAUAAAAAAAUAUAUAUUGUAUACAGAUUGAUUUAGACCUUAGUAGCAGGACUUCAUUGAGCACACUUUUGUUUCUACAGUACAACUUUUUGGAACUUGUUUUUAAAUUGUAAACUUUUAAGUUUUUAUUUCUUUUUGCCUAAAUUAUGUUCACGUUGUUUAUUAUCUGUGUGAUUUUUACACUCACUCUUUGUGUAAUAUAUUUUACAAUUAAGAGGUUUCCCUCUGAAUAAGUAAAUUUGAAGGCUAUGCUUUUUAUAGUGUUUGUUGUACAACUUUUUGGAACUUGUAAACUUUUAAACCCAUUUUAAUUAAAAUGGGGUUUUUUCCUGAUGUCACAAGACUGAAGGUGAUCGACCCCCAACUUCUGGCAAGUUGGGUUCUACCACCUUACCAACGGUCCCAUUCACACUAACAUUUUGUGACAGAUGAGCAUGUCCAUUGCCAGAUUUGUUCAUUUAUUCACUAACUCUCAUUCUCAUUUAUUCACUAAUUCUACAAAUACAAAGAUUAAGAUUGAAAGCGAUUCUUUUCUUGGAAACAGAAUUUUAUUUUGAGUAACUUUUACUAUAUUUUUUAUCUUUCAUAUUCAGGGAAUUAUUUUUUUAAGUUUUGGUUAUUUUCGCCUAAAUUCUGUUCACAUUGUUUAUUAUCUGUGUGAUUUUUCCACUCAUCCUUUUUAACAAUUAAGAAGUUUUCCCCUGAAUAGAAAUUCGAAGGUUAUGCUUUUUACAGUGUUUGUUGAUUUCAACAAAAUGAUAACAAACAAAACUAAC